AUGUCGGGCUUGGACUACCUGGCGGCCGAGUGCCUGGUGUCCAUCUCCAGCGGGGCCCUCGUCCACCCGCCCGCCGCCGCGGAAGACCGGACGGCGCGCCCCGCCGGCCGCUCGACGGCGCUCCCGCCCGCCGCGCGCCCCGGCCCCUCCGCCGGCCUCCGCCCCCCGCCGCGCCCCGCAGGCGGCCAGCCCGAGGGCGGCGCCCCGGCCGGCUGGGAGGGGGCCCGGCGAGCCCCCGACGGCGCGCCCAAGAGGCACCCCUGCCCCUUCCCGGGCUGCGCCAAGGUCUACGGGAAGUCGUCGCAUCUGAAGGCGCACCUCCGCACCCACACGGGCGAGAGGCCUUUCCCAUGCAGCUGGGCCGGCUGCCAGAAGAGGUUCGCCCGCUCCGACGAGCUGGCCCGACAUUUCCGGACCCACACCGGGGAAAAGCGCUUCUCCUGCCCGCUCUGCGAAAAGCGCUUCAUGCGCAGCGACCACCUGACCAAGCACGCCCGGCGCCACCCCACCUUCCAGCCAGGCAUGGUCCGGCGGCCCCACUGCCACAGCGCCUCCCCCAGUGACUCGGCUACCAGCAGCCUCACCGGGAGCCCUGCCCCUGACAGCCCCACCUCCGACGGCCCCGCCCUUUAA